ACGAAUCUUUCUUAAGCAGAGAGAUGAUUUCUUCUUCUUUUCUUCUUCUUCUUCUUCCCUAGUUAUUUGAUUCACUUUAACACCAGUGACUAAUGGCGAACGGAGCUCAAUCCGAAGAUAAAACUCUUCAAUCCAUCUGCUACAAACGCGGCUCUCUCCAGCUCCUUGAUCAGCGGAAGCUUCCACUAGAAACAAUUUAUCUGGAUAUAAAAAAUGUGCAAGAUGGAUGGGAUGCAAUAAAAGAAAUGGUAGUCCGGGGUGCACCUGCAAUUGCUAUAGCCGCUGCACUUUCCUUGGCUGUAGAAGUGUCUAAGUUAGAGACCUUUAACGGUACAGCUCAAGAGGCAGUAUCUUUCAUCAGCCAGAAAUUAGAAUAUCUUGUCUCGAGCCGGCCAACAGCUGUGAAUCUUUCAGACGCCACUACAAAGCUUAAUGAAGUUAUAAAGAAGGCAGCUUCCACUGCUUCAGAAGCCAAAACUGUUUUUGAGGCUUAUAUUGAGGCUGCAGAAAUUAUGCUCAAGGAUGAUGUUACUUGCAAUAAAGCAAUUGGGUCAUAUGGAGCUUCUCUUCUGCAAAAUCAGCUACCAGACUCUAGGAAGAUAUCAAUAUUAACUCAUUGCAAUACUGGAAGCCUGGCAACAGCUGGAUAUGGAACUGCCUUAGGCGUUAUUAGGGCCGUGCAUACUUCCGGAGUUCUGGAAAGGGCUUAUUGCACUGAAACACGCCCUUUCAACCAGGGAUCCAGAUUGACCGCAUUUGAGUUGGUUAGUGAGAAUAUCCCCGCCACACUUAUAGCAGAUUCCGCUGCAGCUGCGUUGAUGAAAGCUGGACGCGUGAAUGCUGUCAUUGUUGGAGCUGACCGUGUUGCUGCAAACGGUGAUACUGCGAACAAGAUCGGAACCUACAGUCUUGCUGUUUGUGCUAUGCAUCACAAUAUACCGUUCUAUGUGGCUGCUCCCCUGACUUCCGUUGAUUUAUCCUUACCUUCCGGAGAACAAAUCGUGAUAGAAGAAAGAUCUGCCAAAGAGCUUUUGAAUGCACGGGGAGGACUAGGUGAGCAAAUUGCCGCCUCUGGCAUUUCUGUUUGGAACCCAGCAUUUGAUGUCACCCCAGCUAGUCUGAUUAGUGGCAUUAUAACCGAAAAGGGCGUGAUCAAGAAGGACGAUGGGAGCGAUGCUUUUGAUAUUGCUGGCUUUGUGCACAAGGCCUCCGGAGAUGCAUGUGAUACUCUGCACUGAGAAAUAUGGUGAGGGCGAGGAGGAGAAAGCAAAGGAGUCCUUGAGAGAAUAAAACGCCAGGGCGUACGAUCUUACACUUUCCUUCAACCGUGCUUUUCAAUGCUUGUCCAUACCCACAUAGGAACAUUGCUAAAACAAAUGUGAAGCUGCAUGCACACAUAUAUGUAGUAUAAGAUAUACUCCCUCCGUCUCGGAAAACAUGAGAGUUUUGAUUUUGAAAAGGGAUUUAAGGUUAGUGUAUUUUGGUAUUGAAUUUCCAAAAAUGUCAUUUGAUGUGAUGGGUAAAAGUAUGAUUUGAUGGAUAGAUUAUUAGUAAAAAGGUAUGAUGUGA